GAUAAGAAAAUGAUGAUCAAGAAGAUAACAGGUUUUGUCAUAAUCGCAAUAUUAUCAAUUGUCGUCGGAGUUUCCAGUAAGCCUGAUUACCGAGAUGCACUGCACAAGUCCAUUCUGUUUUUUCAGGCACAAAGGUCAGGGAAGCUCCCUGAUGAUCAGGCCAUAAAAUGGAGGACAAACUCCGGGCUCAAUGAUGGUUCAGUAGAAAAUGUGGAUUUAAGUGGAGGUUACUAUGAUGCUGGAGACAACAUGAAAUUCAACUUCCCCAUGGCAUUCACAACCACAAUGCUAGCAUGGAGUGUGCUAGAGUUUGGGAGGAGAAUGCAAGAUGAACUAGCUCAAGCUCGCGAAGCAGUGCGUUGGGGAACAGAUUACCUUCUCAAGUCCUCUGUUAAUCUUCCUCAUGCUCUUUAUGUGCAGGUUGGAAAUCCAAAUGUAGAUCACAAAUGUUGGACUCGUGCGGAGGACUUACGAGAACCAAGGAGUGUCUACAAGGUAACGCCGGUAAACCCGGGCACCGAUGUAGCUGCCGAGACAGCAGCUGCCCUGGCCGCAGGCUCAAUUGUGUUCAGGCACAUUGACAAAGGAUACGCGAAUAAACUGCGAGAGACUGCAAUCAAGGCAUUUGCAUUUGCUGAUAAAUACCGAGGAAAAUACAGUGACUCCCUUUCCUCAGUUGUUUGUCCCUUCUAUUGCUCAUACUCUGGUUUUGAAGAUGAACUUUUAUGGGGAGCUGCAUGGCUUUAUAAGGCUACACAGAACUCUUCUUAUCUUGACUUUGCCAAGUCUCUUGAUGUUAAUAAUAAAGAUUCAGAUACUUUUAGUUGGGAUGACAAAAUACCUGGUGCUCGUGUGCUUCUAGCAAGGGAUUACUUGGUUGAGAAACAUGAAGUAGGUGCAGAAUAUAGAAAGAGAGCAGAGAGGUAUUUUUGCAGUGUAUUGCCGAGUUCUCCAUCGGUGAGUGUUAAGUAUACAGCAGGGGGAUUGCUGUAUAAGAUGAGUGGGAGUAAUUUGCAGUAUGUGACAUCCAAUACCUUCUUGCUCAGUGUGUAUGCAAAAUACCUCAGAGCAUCUGGACAGACCUUCAAUUGUGGAGAUUUGCUUGUCACUCCAUCAGUGUUAAGGGAACUGGCUAGGAAACAGGUCGAUUAUAUUUUAGGAGAAAAUCCUAAAAUGACAUCAUACAUGGUUGGAUAUAGUAAAAACUUCCCGAAACAUGUUCAUCACAGGAGCUCAUCUAUUCCGAGCAUUCUUGUAGACACACAACCUUUGAGUUGUGACAGCGGCUUCAACUUCUACUAUGCAUCAAGUGAAAACCCUAAUGUACUCACAGGAGCUGUCGUCGGAGGACCAGACGACAACGAUGAAUACACUGACGACCGUAACAAUUAUGCUCAGUCUGAACCAGCAACAUACAUUAAUGCUCCUCUUGUUGGGACAUUAUCCUAUAUAGCUGCAUGCUUUCAAUGAUAUUUGUAUCAUAUUUGAGUAUCUUAAUUGAAUAAUAAAGCUCAUAAGGCUUGUUAGAUUUGAGCUUUGCUAAUGUUAAGAGUUUUUGGCUAUAUGUGUUCAUUCUUAGAAAGAGAUUAAGUGAUGACUACGUGCUUGAU